UUAAAUCUCCCAAAUUGAUCUCCAAACCCUAACCCUAAUCGAAACCCUAGCUUCAAUCCACUGCCCUCAUGGUCUCCAUUCCAUUGCCCACCUUCCCAUUCCUCUCACAAUCCCAUCUACAAUGCCAGCAAACCCCUGUUCUCAAGAAUCCAUGGAGUAUUGGCAGUCAUCGAGCUAGGGUUAGGGUUAGGGUUGGGGAUGGUGGUUUUAAAGGUUUGGAGGUCUUGUAUGAGGAUGGGCAUGGAACUGUGGGGAUUUCUGAGUUUAUAGAUGCUAUGAAGGAUUUUGAAUACUUGGGUGAAGAUGAAGGUGGACCUCUCCGGUGGUUCUGCCCGGCUAAUCCAGGCCUGCCGCCGAUUAAGGAUGCCCCGGUCUUGUUGUUCUUGCCUGGUGUUGAUGGAAAUGGAAUGGGACUCUUGUUGCAUCAUAAAGCCCUAGGAAGGGUUUUCGAAGUUCGGUGCUUGCAUGUUCCAAUACGUAAUCGAACACCAUUUGAAGUUGUGCAUAUAGAACUAGUGAAAUUUGUUGAAGCUGCUGUGAUUGUUGAGCAUUUGAUUGAUGGUAACAAGCCAAUCUAUUUGCUGGGCCAUUCCUUUGGAGGUUGCUUAGCUCUUUCUGUUGCUGCUCGUAAUCCUGAUGCCAAUUUAGUUCUUAUAUUAUCUAAUCCUGCAACAUCAUUUGACAGGUCAAAUUUGCAGCCUUUUCUUCCCAUUCUGAGUUCUUCACACCACCUUAGUAUUAUCAUUCCAUGCCUUCUUAGUUUCAAUGUUGUUAAUCUUGUAAAGAUGGCAUUGGAUGGUAUAGAUAAAGAGCAUCAUCUUUUACAUAAACUGACUGCCUCAGUAACAAAUCAGUCUUCUCCAAUGGAUAUUUUGAAACAAUUAGAGUCGAUGCCAAGAGAUACUUUCUCAUGGAAAAUACAGCUGCUUAAAUCGGCCACACGCUAUGCUAAUUCCCAUCUUCAUGCAGUCAAAGCCGAAGUGUUGAUACUUGCAAGUUGCCAGGAUAGCAUCCUGCCUAGUAGAGAUGAAGCUGAACGACUUUUUGAAAUACUACUGAAUUGCAAGGUUCACUACCUUCAUGACAGUGGCCACAGCCUUCUAUUGGAUCCUUCCGUUAACUUAUUGACUAUAAUAAAAGGUACUGGUUUCUAUCGUCAUUCAAGAGAACACAAUGAUGUUACAGAUUUCAUGCCACCAACUAUGAUGGAACUCAAAGCACUUGAUAACUUUAAUAGAUUCGUCUCUGAAAUUACCAGUCCUGCAAUGUUUUCAACCUUGGAAGAUGGUAAGAUCGUUAGGGGUCUUUCAGGGAUACCUAACGAUGGUCCGGUUUUGCUCGUCGGUAACCACAUGUUGCUAGGAGUUGAAUCAAUUCCACUCGUGGCACAGUUUCUGCAUGAAAAAAGAGUUGUUCUCCGCGGUAUUGCUCAUCCUGUUCUGUUUCCAAAGCGGACAGAGAGUUCAUCACAGGGGCCUUGUUCAUUCACUCUUGCUAAAGUAUUCGGUGGAGUCCCUGUCUCCUUUAGCAAUUUUUAUCACUUGUUAUCAGUGAAAGCAUUUGUUCUUCUUUAUCCUGGUGGUGCCCGUGAAGCGCUUCGUCGAAAGGGUGAAGAGUACAAGUUGAUUUGGCCUCCCCAACCUGAAUUUGUUCGAGUGGCUGCCCGAUUUGGAGCCACAAUUGUACCAUUCGGAGUUGUUGGAGAAGAUGAUAUGGGAGAAGUAGUUCUCGAUUAUGAUGAUCUAAUGAAAAUGCCCGUCAUAAAAGACGUGAUAAAAGGUUUCAAUCAGACUAUAAGUGUCAAAAUAACCGGAGAGUCCAGGAAACAAGACGUUUUCAUACCCUGCAUCCUGCCAAAGAUACCUGGACGCUAUUAUUUCUUAUUUGGGAAGCCAAUUACGACGAAAGGAAAGGACAUACUAAAUAACCGGAACGAAGCAAAUGCUUUGUAUUUGCAUGUAAAAUCAGUGGCUGAAAACUGCAUUUCUUAUCUAAUAGAAAAGCGGGAGGAGGACAUCUAUAGGAGUAUCUGUCAAAGGACUCUCCAUCAAGUUCUUAAAGGUUCACACCAAAUCAUUCCCUCAUUUGAACCCUGAUUUACAACAUACUUUACUCUGUUCCUCUUCCUUGGCUUAGUCGAUUUGUAUUCAGGGGUUCAAAUGAAAAAAAUAAACUGUAUUAGUAUUUCAUAAAGUAGACGAUGCUAAGAUCUAACAAUAAAUUUACAUAUUGUUACUAAUGUACAUGGCUAGUGUUCAA